AUGUCGGCGGAGGUCGCACCUUGCUGGAAGACGUUGGACGGCCUGGACGUGGCGAGACUCUUCGAGGAGAAGGUGGCAAUGACUGUGGCGGACAACAUGAAGGCGCCAGUAGAGCUUCGACGAAUCCGAAAGCUGCGUGCUCGUACCUACUCACCCGCAGUCACCCAGCAAGGAACCCCUGGAGCUGAUUAG